AUGGGCCCUUUUGAAAUUUUAGAAAGAAUAGGAGUUGCGGCAUACAAAUUGGCACUUCCACCUCAAUUAUCGGCUAUUCAUAAAGUGUUCCACAUCUCUAUGCUUCGGAAGUAUGCCCCGGACCCCAGUCAUGAGUUGGAGCACGAGCCUCUUCAGAUUAGAGAUGAUCUUACUUAUGAAGAAUUUCCAGUGGGAAUAUUGGCACAGAAGGAUCAAGUCCUACGCAACAAAACUAUCAAAAUGGUGAAAGUACUUUGGAGUCAUCACACGGAGAGAGAAGCUACAUGGGAACGCGAAGAAGAUAUGAUGGAAAGGUAUCCCUAG